AUGAGGAGCACCCUUUUGCCGGUCCUCGACCGGAACGAGGUGGUGGACCUACAGGACGUGUUCAAGAGGUUCAUGUUUGACAACAUGUGCCUGUUGGUUGUGGGAUUCGAUCCCCAAUACCUCCCCGUGGGGUCCGAGGGCGGCAGGCUCCCUGACAAUGCAUGUGGCGAGGCGUUCGACGAGCUGGAGGAGGUGGCGGUCUACCGAUUCAUAGUUCCGAUGUGCGUGUGGAGGCUUCAACACCGACUCAAGAUCGGAAUGGAGUGGAAGUGCAUUCAAGCUUGGCGCACCGUAGAUAACUUCUUGUAUGGUAGCAUCAAGAGGAAGAAGCAAGAAUUAGCGUCGAAACACUCCUUUGGCAAUGAUGUGACUAAAAGAAACAAGUUGGAUUUGUUGACACAAAUCCUGGUCAUGAAAGAUGAGGGUGGCGGUGGUAACAAACCAAUCAUUGAUAAAACAUCGGACAAGUUUCUGAGGGACACUACAUUAACGUUAGUCGCAGCCGGGAGAGACACCAUUACUGUCGGCCUAACUUGGUUGAUAUGGUGUGUGGCGAACCACCCCGUUAUUGAGAAAAGGAUUCUCGAAGAGCUGAGGCAAGUGAUGGCGGCGCGGCAGUCAAGUGAUAUUGAUGGAGAUGAAAGAAGCGGAUUUUUGAGAAACGAUGAGUUGAAAAAACUUGUGUAUCUUCAUGCAACCAUUUAUGAGACACUGAGGUUGUACCCACCGGUGCCAUUGGAGCACAAGUGCGCCGUGGAGGAAGAUGUCCUUCCAAGCGGGCACACGGUACGUAAAGAAGAGAGGAUAAUAUUCUCCAUAUACGCCAUGGCUAGGAUGGAGGAGAUAUGGGGAGAGGAUUGCAUGGAGUUCAAACCAGAGAGGUGGAUUUCCGAGAAAGGGACGAUACUACAUGUCACAUCGUACAAGUUCAUGACCUUCUUGGCUGGGGCAAGGACCUGUUUGGGAAAGAAUAUGGCAAUCACGCAAGUCAAGUCUCUGGCAAGUGCUCUCCUUUGGAACUACAAAUUUGAACUUAUAGAUGAUGGGUCCUCCGGUAAGCCGACAGUUAGCAUGGUGUUGUUCAUGAAAGAUGGGCUGAAGACUAGAGUCUCUGAGAGAGACCAUUGAGAAUAAUAUUGUUCAUGUUGCUUUCUUAAUGUAUGUUCGUUGUGGUGGUCUACUCGAAGUGCUUCAUCUAUUUGUCACUAUAUCUAGGGUUUGCAUUAAUGAGUCGUGUGAGGUCUACUUCUUUUGAUUAUUUGUGUUGUCCAUGUGUUUCAUCCAACUACAUUGGAUGAACUAGCUAUAUAUGUUCCCUAUUGAUGGUAUGUAUGUUCUUCUUGCGAGCAAUGUAGUAAAAAACGAAUUUCUAAGUAUAAACAUUUUGGUGAUUUAGAAGCGUAAAAUUAUAAGUUUUUAAGUUUUAA